AUGGAUCCAAAUGCAAUAAAGAUCCGACCCUCCACGUGGGUAGCGUAUGUGAACUAUGUUGUUGUGCAACCUCUUACUACCCACCACGUGUCCGGAAGUGCGGGAUUGGGUGAUGAUGGUUUCGUCACGGUUUUCUAUGGGCCUUGGAUUGUGGAGUGGGCCAUACCGCAGGAAAUGGUUGGAUUUGGCAGGAGUGGGCCCCUGGGCCCUAGGUCCAACUCUGCUAGACUUAGACCCGUCAGUGCAAGCAAAAGCAUCCUAUGCUAUGCUUUUAUUCUGAGCCAUCUAUUGCGUUUUGUACUUGGCAAUGCCAGUGGCUAUGGCUAUGGCUAUGGCUAUGGCAUUUGUUUUGUUAGUGAAAGAAUGAGAAAAGUUGAGACAUGGCGGCUUCACAACAUAACGAAUGGGCCACAGUGA